AUGGCGCACAGCGGCCGCUGGCGCUUCCCGGCCCGGCCGGGCACUGGCGCCUGGGGCCGCCGCGGGCUCGGGGGCUGCUGCCGGCUGCGCGUGCCGGCCCUGCGCACCGCCCACCACCACCACCGCCCGCACGAACGGGCGGGGGCGCACGGGGGGGCGGCGGCGGCGGCGGCGGCGGCGGCGGGAAGCGGAGGGGGCGGGGCGGGCGGGCCCCCCUCCUGCUCGGCGGGCCCCCCCGCCGCCGCCGCCGCGCCGCUCCAGCCCCCCCCGCCGCCGCCGCCGCCGCCUCCCCCCUCCUCCUCGUCCUCCUCGUCCUGCUGCUGCUCCUCGUCGGCGGUGGCGCCGGGCUUCGACGCGGCGCUCCAGGUCUCGGCCGCCAUCGGCAUCAACCUGCGCCGGUUCCGGGCGGCCUGCGGCGCCGAGGCGGGCAGCGGAGAGGAUGAGCAGUUCUUGGGCUUUGGCUCAGAUGACGAGGCCAAAGGACAAAGUCCCACCAAAUCUUCCACAGCCAAGUCUAGUGCACGGAAACCGCGUGGGAGACCCAGGAACAGCUCGGACCGAAGUUCAGCCGUGCUCUCCGAGUCCUCCGCAAGAUAUUCCCCUUCGAGCAGACCAAAACUCACAUCAGUAGAAAAAGUACAGAAGAACGAACUGAAAAGUGGAGAAAAGCGACGAGGGAGGCCUCCUGCCCUUGGCAGCAUGAAGUUCAAAGUCAGCCACAUGAAGGGCAUGCCAGAUGCUCAGAAGAGGGGCAAGGAGGAAAAGGAGAAUCUAAAGAAAGUAAAGCGGGCGCCGUCCACAGCCUUUCAGCAUGCAACAAAAAUCAAGACACUAAGAGCAGGCAAGCUCUCCCCACUGAAGUCGAAAUUCAAAUCUGGCAAGCUCCAGAUUGGAAGAAAAGGUAUGCAGCUGGUGCGUCGGAGAGGACGGCCACCAUCUUCUGAUCGUUUAAACACUGCUCUGGCAACAGCAGACAGUCCUCAGCUGGAGAAAGCCCAGAGGAUCAGGAAGGAGAAAGACGGCGUCUCACUGCUCCCCAAAGAAGAAAAGCCGGCAGUCCGGCAGAGCCCCCGCAGGAUCAAGCCAGUGAGGAUUAUCCCUUCCUCCAAGAGAACCGAUGCCACCAUUGCUAAGCAGCUCUUGCAGAAGGCGAAAAAGGGGGCCCAGAAGAAGAUUGAGAAAGAAGCAGCCAAGCUGCAGGGCCGGAAGGUGAGGACGCAGCUCAAAAACAUCCGCCAGUUUAUCAUGCCUGUGGUGAGCGCCAUCUCUUCCCGGAUCAUCAAAACCCCCAAGCGCUUCAUCGAAGAUGAGGACUAUGACCCGCCUGUCAAAAUUGCCCGCUUGGAGUCGGCACCAAACAGCCGGUUCAGCGCUGCCUCCUGUGGGUCCAGUGAGAAGUCCAGCGGGGCCUCCCAUCACUCCUCACAGGUGUCUUCUGAUUCCUCCCGGUCCAGCAGUCCCAGUGUCGAUACGUCCACCGAUUCUCAGGCCUCUGAAGAGAUGCAGGGGCUGUCUGAAGAAUGCAGCAAUGCUCCGGAGGUGGUUCCCUCGGCCAUGCCUGGCUCUCAGUCCCCUGAGAACGGGAGUGGCGAGAGGAGGAGGAGGAGAAGGUUUUCCGUGGCAGAGCGAAGUUUUGGGCCCAAGAUAGCUAAAAAGCUGCCCAGCCUUCAGAGCGUCUCCCAGCAGCAGUCCUCCUCUGCCUCCCCACCCCCACCACUCCUUACCCCACCCCCUCCCCUUCAGCCAGCUGCUGGCAUCUCUGAGCACGCCCCCUGGCUUAUGCCUCCCACAAUUCCUUUGGCUUCACCCUUUUUACCCUCCUCUGCUGCACCCGUGCAAGAGAAGCGGAAGUCCAUUCUUCGAGAGCCGACAUUCCGGUGGACCUCUCUAAAGCAUUCUAGGUCUGAACCUCAGUACUUUUCCUCAGCGAAAUAUGCCAAAGAAGGGCUUAUCCGCAAACCCAUAUUUGAUAACUUCCGGCCUCCCCCACUGACCCCUGAGGAUGUCGGCUUUGCCUCUGGCUUCUCAGCUGCUGGUGCCCCGGCUCCGGCCCGCUUGUUUUCUCCUCUGCACUCUGGGACCAGGUUUGAUUUGCACAAGAGGAGCCCUCUGCUUCGAGCUCCGCGAUUCACUCCAAGCGAGGCCCACUCGCGCAUCUUUGAGUCCGUAACCUUGCCUUCCUCUGUUAGUCGAGCUGCUGGAGGAGCCGCUGCAACAUCCAUCUCUUUGAGGAAACGAAAGAGGAGAGUGUUCAGCCCCAUCCGAUCUGAGCCCCGGUCUCCGUCACACUCCAUGAGGACAAGAAGUGGGCGGCUGAGUGCCUCCGAGCUGUCUGCUCUCCCGCCCCCAUCGUCAGUCUCUUCUUCGCUUGCAAGCAUUUCUGUAGGCUCCUUGACCACCAGUGCCUUAAACGCCAGUUUCACUUUUCCUGUCCAUUCUCUUUCCCAGCCUGGGGAGUCAGCAGAGAAAAGCCAGAGACCACGGAAGCUGCCGGGUGUCCCUGCGGCAGAGCCCUUCUCCGCCAGCAGCCCCGCUCCCCUUUUCCCAUGGUUCACACCAAGUUCCCAGACCGAGAGGGGCAAGAACAAAGACCGAGCCUCUGAGGAGCUGUCCAAAGACAAAGAGAGUGACCGGAGUGUUGAGAAGGAGAAGAGCCGAGAGAGAGACCGAGAGCGGGAGAAAGAAAACAAGCGGGAGUUGCGGAAAGAGAAACGGAAGAAGGCCCCUGAAAACCAGAGCAGCUCUGCUUUGUUCCCGGUGGCUCGUGUCUCCAAAGGGAGAAUGGCCGUCCAUGAAGACCCCGCCAUUUCCUCGUCUGCCAAAAAAUCUGUGGGGCGGAAGAAAUCAACAGCCACCGACUCGGUGGCUGAUGUGCCUGCCGUGGUUCUGGUGGACUCAGCGGCAGCCAUCAAGACCAAGAUGGCCAAGAGAGGCCGGGGAGGGUUAGAGAAGGCUGGAUUGGACAUUGGCUUGCCCGCCCCUUCGGUGGAAAAGGAAGACGCCCUGAGGCUGCCUGCAGCUUCCUCCAUCAGCUCCAUGCUGGCGCACGCAGACAAACUACCCAUGACUGACAAGAGGGUGGCCAGUCUUCUCAAGAAGGCAAAAGCCCAGCUGUACAAGAUCGAGAAGAGCAAGUCUCUCAAGCAGGUGGACCAGCCAAAGGGACAGGGUCAAGAGAGCGAUUCCUCGGAGGCCUCAGUGCGAGGGCCGCGCAUCAAGCACGUUUGCAGGAGAGCGGCUGUUGCGCUUGGGCGCAAGCGAGCAGUCUUUCCAGACGACAUGCCUACUCUGAGUGCCUUACCGUGGGAAGAGAGGGAGAAGAUCCUGUCUUCCAUGGGAAAUGACGACAAGUCCUCCGUCGCUGGUUCGGAAGAGGCCGAGCCUCCAGUACCGCCCAUCAAGCCCAUCAAGCCCGUGACCAGACACAAGCCCCCCCCAGAGCCUCCUGUCAAGAAAGGCCGGCGCUCAAGGCGCUGUGGGCAGUGUCCCGGCUGCCAGGUGCCGGAGGACUGCGGUGUCUGUACCAAUUGCCUGGAUAAGCCAAAGUUUGGGGGGCGUAACAUAAAAAAACAGUGCUGCAAGAUGAGGAAGUGUCAGAACUUGCAGUGGAUGCCGUCAAAAGCCUUUCUGCAGAAGCAAGCCAAAGCUGUGAAAAAGAAAGAGAAGAAAUCCAAGUCCAGUGACAAGAAAGAGAAUCAUGCCGGGAAGAGCCAGUCCGACUGUGGGCAGAAAGCUGCUUUGCAGCCUGUCCCAGCAAGAGAGGAUCACACGGCGAAGAAAGGCAGUGAGCCUGCCCGGAAGCCCAGUGAGGAGAAGAGCGAGGAGGGGCUGCCGUCAGCUCCCCCAGACAACAAACAGGCCCCUCCGCCUGCCGGCAGGAAAACCAGCAAACAGGCCCCGCUGCCUCUGUUGGUGCCCUCCCCUCCACCGCCUAGCUCAGUCCCACCAAGAAAGGAAGCCCCUAAAAGCAUCCCUGCUGAGCCCAAGAAGAAGCCCGCUCUGCCUCCAGAGGCAGGUGUAGAGCAAAACAAACAAAAGAAAAUCGCUCCUCGGCCGAGCUUACCAGUGAAACAGAAGCUGAAAGAGAAGGAAAAGCCCCCUCCAGUCAACAAGCCAGAAAACAGCACACUCAACUUGUUAAGCACUCUGUCGAAUGGUGGCGGUUCCAAGCAGAAGCCUCUGACGGACGGAGUCCACAGAAUCCGAGUGGACUUCAAGGAGGACUGUGAAUCCGAGAACGUUUGGGAGAUGGGCGGUUUGGGUAUUCUGACCUCUGUACCGAUAACUCCAAGAGUGGUCUGCUUCCUCUGUGCCAGCAGCGGGCACGUAGAGUUCGUGUAUUGCCAAGUGUGCUGUGAGCCCUUCCACAAGUUCUGCCUGGAGGAGAGUGAGCGGCCCCCGGAGGACCAGCUGGAGAACUGGUGCUGCCGCCGCUGUCGAUUCUGCCACGUGUGCGGGAGGCAGCAUCAGGCCACCAAGCAGCUGCUAGAGUGCAACAAGUGCCGAAACAGCUUCCACCCAGAGUGCCUGGGGCCAAACUACCCGACCAAGCCGACCAAGAAGAAGAAGGUUUGGAUCUGCACCAAAUGCGUUCGAUGCAAGAGCUGCGGUGCGACAACGCCAGGCAAAGGGUGGGAUGCCCAGUGGUCUCAUGACUUCUCACUGUGCCAUGAUUGUGCCAAGCUCUUUGCAAAAGGGAACUUCUGCCCACUCUGUGACAAGUGCUAUGAUGACGAUGACUACGAGAGCAAGAUGAUGCAGUGCGGGAAAUGCGACCACUGGGUCCACUCCAAGUGCGAAAAUCUCUCAGAUGAGAUGUAUGAGAUCCUCUCCAGCCUGCCAGAGAGUGUGGCUUACACGUGCAUUAACUGCACCGAGCAGCACCCUGCUGAGUGGCGCCUGGCGCUGGAGAACGAGCUGCAGCUGUCCUUGAAGCAGGUUGUGGCGUCCCUGCUCAGUUCCCGGACCACCAUCCACUUGCUGCGCUACAGACAGGCAGCCAAGCCCCCUGAUUUAAAUCCUGAGACCGAGGAAAGCAUUCCAUCCCGAACCUCUCCGGAAGGCCCCGACCCUCCUGUGCUAACCGAAGUCAGUAAGCAGGAGGAGCAGCAGCCUCUGGACCUGGAGGGAGUGAAAAGAAAACUGGACCAAAAAGGCUACUCUUCAGUGCUGGAAUUGAGUGAUGAUAUCGUAAAGAUCAUUCAAGCAGCCAUGAACGCCGACGGAGGGCAGCCAGAACUCAAGAGAGCCAAUAGCCUGGUGAAGUCCUUUUUUAUUCGGCAAAUGGAACGCGUUUUUCCAUGGUUCAGUGUUAAGAAAUCAAGGUUUUGGGAACCUAAUAAAGUCACAACCAAUAGUGGGAUGCUGCCAAAUGCUGUCUUGCCCCCGUCCCUCGACCACAACUACGCUCAGUGGCAGGAACGUGAAGAACACAGUUGUGCUCAGCAGCCCCCACUGAUGAAGAAAAUAAUCCCAGCUCCCAAAGCCAAAGGGCCUGGAGAACCAGAUUCCCCGAUGCCACAGCCUCCCCCCACGACAUCCAUGUCCAGUUCUGACAGAGGCAGAGAGGACAGCCCGGACCUUGCCCCGCCCCCGGAUGUGGAAGACAACCGGCAGUGUGCCCUUUGCUUGAAAUAUGGCGACGAUGGGGCAAAUGAUGCUGGCCGUCUUCUCUACAUCGGCCAGAAUGAAUGGGCGCAUGUGAACUGCGCCCUGUGGUCUGCGGAGGUGUUCGAGGACGAUGACGGCUCCCUGAAGAACGUGCACGUGGCCGUGAUCCGGGGGAAACAGCUGAGGUGUGAGUUCUGUGUGAGGCCGGGGGCCACGGUGGGCUGCUGCUUGGCCUCCUGCACCAGCAACUAUCACUUCAUGUGCUCCCGGGCUCAGAACUGCGUCUUCCUGGAGGACAAGAAAGUCUACUGCCAGCGCCACCGCGACCUUAUCCAGGGAGAGGUGGUGCCCGAGAAUGGGUUUGAAGUCCUGAGGAGGGUCUUUGUGGAUUUUGAAGGGAUUAGUUUGAGACGAAAGUUUCUCAGUGGUCUGGAGCCAGAGAACAUCCAUAUGAUGAUUGGGUCCAUGACUAUCGACUGCCUCGGAAUUCUGAAUGAUCUUUCUGAUUGUGAGGACAAACUUUUCCCUAUUGGCUACCAGUGUUCUCGGGUGUACUGGAGCACAACAGAUGCAAGGAAGCGCUGUGUGUACACUUGCAAGAUUGUGGAGUGCCGCCCUCCCACCUCAGAGCCAGAUAUCAAUAGCACCGUGGACCACGACGACAACCGGACGAUCGCACACAGCCCCGUGCCGCCUCCUGUUGAAAUCCUCGCUAAAGAAGUCUCGGCAGCUGUGAGUCCACUGUCUUCAGACCUUCCAACACAUUUGCAGAACUACAGGGCCCUGCGGAUCAGAAGACCAAGCUUUACCCCUGUCCAGCGAUCCCCUGGUUCAAGGCCGUUGCCCUCUGCAGGGAGCCCGACCCCAGUGACUCAUGAGAUCGUGACAGUGGGAGACCCGCUGCUCUCGUCAGGAUUUCGGAGCAUUGGCUCCAGGAGGCCCAGCGCCCCUCCUCUGUUUCCUCAGCAGUUCAGGACCGGGAUGCUGCCUGCCAGCAGAGCCCCCAGGGCCACUCCCUCCAGGCGCAGCGUGUCCCCUGCACCCAGCAUAGGCCCCUCCCAAGAGCAGGAUUGGAGCAGAGAGCCCGCAGAACAGCCACCGGGCCCAGCAGCCUCCCAUGUUGCUCUCCAGAGCAGCUCUGCCCUUCCUAGUCCCCAGAAACCAACAGUGAAGAGUGGAAGUAAAGGCCCACCCCUGGAGGCAUCCGUGUCCUUGGAAGUGUCCUUGGGAAGUGUCCCUGCAAAUGCCGAGAAAGCCAAGCUUCUCGGUUCCAAAGACUCCAGUGCUUCCCCCGGGGGGAGCUCUAAAGUCAGCACUCAGGUGGCAGGCACGGCUGGCCCCGAGCCAAACACCAGCCAAGCAGGAAAGCUUCCAGAGGCCCCCCCUGGAUUGUUUUCCCCCAAAGACAUGGCAGCUUCUCCACUUUUCCACCAGAGAGCCCCAAAGAAGGAGCAGGGCCAGCAGACGGACCUCCUGCAGCCAGAAACGGCCGGUGCUUCCGAGGAGGCCGAAGCCAAGGCCUCCAAGACCCCCGGUGGGAGUAACCACCCUCCUCCGGGCAGGGAGCCCGUUCCCUCUGUGAGCAGCAGAGAGAGGAGACAGAAAGGGAAGAAAGGAGCCAAAGAGAGGCAUUCCAGCAAGCUCCUCACGAGUUCAAGUCUCCUCCCAGCUGGCAAUGAAGGCAGUUCAGAGCCCGAGUGCGUUGGUCAAGCCCCUGAGCCCUGCAACAGUGUUGCUGUGGAGAAGGCUGCAGAGGGCAGCGCGCUUCCUCAGAGGACCUCCAAGGCCCCUCCUUUCCUCAGCGAACUGGCCCCCUCAAAGGACCUGCAGGCCUCCCAAAAGCGCACGGUGAAAGUCACGCUGACUCCCCUCAAGAUGGAAGGGGAGAACCAGCCCAGGAACGUUCUGAGGGAGAGCACUGCAGAGGCCGUGUCCCAGGACAGCAAGCCAGCCUCCGCUGCUGAGGCCUCUUCCGGAGUGGGCCCUGAGGUCCAGGACAGGCCGAGUGAUACUUCCACUCCAGAGUCUCAGAGAGAUGCCUACCAGGGUCUUCCAGGCCAAGACGGCAACUUGAUCCUCCAGGACGGGACUAAAGCACAGGAAGAUGGCGCCUACAAGCGGCGGUAUCCCCGGCGCAGUGCCCGGGCCAGAUCCAACAUGUUCUUUGGGCUGACUCCCCUGUAUGGCGUGAGGUCUUACGGUGAAGAAGACUUUCCUUUCUUCAGCAAUUCCACUGGGAAAAAGCGGGGCAAGAGAUCUGCUGAAGGGCAAGUAGAUGGUGCAGACGACGUUAGUACAUCCGAUGAGGAAGACCUCUACUACUAUAACUUUGCCAGGACUGUGGUGUCCAGCACGGAAGAGCACCUGGUCUCCCACAACCUAUUCCGAGAGGAGGAGCAGUGUGGCCUCCCCAAAAUCCCUCAACUCGAUGGUGUGGAUGAUGGAUCAGAAAGUGACACAAGCAUCACAGUGACCACCAGGAAAGGAAAUCCAGUGGCCAAAAGGGGUGGCAAAGAGAAUGGGACAGAAAGCUUAAAACUUGAUAGGAGUGAAGGAAGCGGGGAAAAAGCUCACGUUACGAAGCUCUCCGCUGGCCACAAAAGUGCUGACCCAAAGUCAGAGAACUGCCGGGUCAAAACUCAGAGUCAAGAUUCUCUGGAAGCUCAGCUGAGCUCCUUGGACGCAGGUCGCCGGCCUCGCGCCAGCACGCCUUCGGAUAAGGCCCUUUUGGAUCCCUUUAACACGGAGCUCCUGAAAUCGGACUCUGACAACAACAACAGUGACGACUGUGGGAACAUUCUCCCUUCGGACAUCAUGGACUUUGUCCUGAAAAACACUCCCUCGAUGCAGGCCCUGGGAGAGAGUCCCGAGUCUUCAUCCUCUGAACUCCUGACGCUGGGAGAAGGGCUGGGUCUUGACAGCAACCGGGGCAAGGAUAUGGGCCUCUUCGAAGUGUUUUCUCAGCAGCUGCCAGCAGCGGAACCCGUGGACAGCAGCGUUUCUUCAUCGAUAUCUGCGGAAGAGCAGUUUGAGCUGCCUUUAGAGCUCCCCUCCGAUCUCUCUGUCCUGACGACUCGAAGCCCCACGGUGCCCAGCCAGAACCAUAGCAGGCUUGCUGUCAUUUCAGAAUCGCCACUCUCCUCGUCUGGGGAGAGAUCUAUGCUAGCUUUGUCUGCCCCCGAACCUGCGGAAAAGAGAGUGGCGGUCACCGAGAAACCUGCCUCUGGUGAAGGAGAGCCGGCUCUCUUAAGCCCACGGGUGGAUCCAAGCCCAGAAGGACAUAUGACCCCUGACCCCUUCAUCCAGGGUCACAUGGAAGCAGACCAUAUUGCUAGUCCCCCUUGCGGACAAGUGGAGCAAAGCCAUGGAGCCAGCCAAGACUUGGCCAGGAGCAGUGGGACGCCCGUGCUCCAAGUCCCAGCAUCUCCCACUCUCCCUCUUCAGAAUCCCAAAUACGGUCCCAACUCGGCAGAGAGCCCAGGCCCGUCUCCGAUCUCGAAUGCUGCUGUGCAGGCCGGCCCCCACCCCCUCAAGGCCGCUGCUGAAAAGCUUCUGGUCGUGAACCAGAACAUGCAGCCCCUCUACGUCUUGCAGACUCUUCCCAAUGGCGUCACCCAAAAGAUACAGCUGACCUCCUCGGUCAGCUCCGCGCAGGGCGUGUUGGAGGCCAGCCCUUCUGUGCUCGGGCCCGUGGGUACCGGGCUGGCCUUGGCGGCGGGCCUGAGCCCCACUUUGCCCUCUUCCCAGCCCCUCUUCCCGCCAGCCAGCAAAGGGCUGCUGCCCCUCCCGCAUCACCAGCGCUUGCACUCCUUCCCUGCCGCACCUCAGAGCGGCUUCCCUUCUGCCCUCAGCAGCCCUUCCUCAGGCCUGCUGAUCGGGGUCCAGCAGCCACCUGAGCCAGAAGCCACGCCGAGAGUGGACGCUGGGCCUGCAGCAACCACUCCCGCCUCUGGCCUGGCCAAGAAAAGGCCAAUCGCUCGCCUGCCCUCGCGAAAGAAUAAGAAGCUGGCCCCUUCCACCGCGGCCUCUCCCGACGUGGUCUCCAACAUGACGUUGAUCAACUUUGCCCCGCCCCACCUCCCCAGCCAUGCGGGCCUGCUGGAGCUGGGGACAGGCGGCAGCUCUGCCCCCCACAGAGCCCUCCCCAACAUCAUCAAGCGCUCAAAGUCCGGGGUGAUGUACUUUGAGCAGGCAGGAGGAGCCCCUGCAGCAACAGCAGCCGGCGGCGGGGUGGGAGCGCCCCCUCCUGGGGCUGGGCCAGAGUCGGGAGCCCUUGCCCCGGGGCCUGUGGCUGGCCUCAGCUCCGCUCCCACCGUGCUGAAUGUGGUGCCUAUGCAGACUCCAGCGGUGCCUCCUGUAAGCGCAGCAGUCCCUGGGCACGUGCUGGGACGUGGGUCGGUGGCCAUCAGCAGCCCUGGCCUGCAGGGAAUCUCUGAGCUCAGCUCUCUCGGCACCCUGCUGAUAAAAGCUUCUCGGCAGGGCCUGGGCCUUCCGGAGCCGCCCUCUGGCUCAGGGGUGUUUUCACAGCUCGGCGCCACCUCUGCGCUGGCUGCAGCCUCGGGCGUCUGUGUCUUGCCUUCUGCACAGCCUGCGGGCAUCACCACUGACCCAGAAGGCUCUUACCAGCCUGUGGCAUCAGGACUGGGUGGCGAAGCCGGGAUCGUCCCAGCCAAGGGGGACCUUGUUCCUGCACAGACCGUGCCACUCUCCAGCUGCCCCCCCUUGGUGGAAGUUGCUAACACUACAGCUCCAGAGCAAAGCAGACCUUCCCCUCUUGUUGCCCGCUCCCACUCCACUUCUCCCAGGAGCUCCCCGCCUGCGGACCAGCCAGCCCCCGCCAGCUCACUGCCGGGCUCCCUGAAAGCCAAGCUGAAAGCCAAGAGGGUGCAGCCCUCGUCAGACAGCAGAGUGUCUGGGAAGAAGCACAAACCCUCUCCACCGUGGGCAACUUCGCCGGAGAAGCACGUUCCCCACCGCGGCGCCAGCGCAGCAGCCCAGGACUCCUCGUGUGUUGGGCAAACAUCAGCAUCUCUCCCAGAAUCACAGCCAGCACAAAAUGCUGCCAGCGAGCCAGAAAACACAGAUGCCAGAGCUGCAGAGGACGAGGAGGAGGAGGAGGACGAGGGCCCCUUCAGCUCCCCCCUCAUCUUCUGGCUGCAGCAAGAGCGGAAGAGGAAGGAGAGCCUUGCGGAGAGGAAACCCAAGAAAGGGCUGGUUUUUGAGAUCUCAAGUGAUGACGGCUUUCAGAUUUGCUCCGAAAGUAUCGAAGAGGCCUGGAAGUCCUUGACUGACAAGGUUCAGGAGGCCCGCUCCAACGCUCGCCUGAAGCAGCUGUCUUUCACAGGUGUGAGCGGGCUAAGAAUGCUGGGCAUCCUCCACGAUGCCGUCGUCUUCCUGAUUGAGCAGCUCUCUGGGGCAAAGCACUGCCACAACUACAAGUUCCGGUUCCACAAGCCCGAGGGAGCCAAGGAGCCCCCUGUGAACCCACACGGCUGUGCCCGGGCGGAGGUGCACCGAAGGAAGUCCGCCUUCGACAUGUUUAAUUUCCUGGCUUCCAAGCACCGCCAGCCGCCUGAGUACAACCCCAAUGACGAGGAGGAGGAGGAAGUGCAACUGAAGUCUGCCCGGAGGGCCACCAGCAUGGACCUUCCGAUGCCCAUGCGGUUCCGACACUUGAAGAAGACUUCCAAGGAGGCAGUUGGUGUUUACAGGUCCCCCAUCCAUGGCCGGGGCUUGUUCUGCAAAAGAAACAUCGAUGCGGGAGAGAUGGUCAUUGAAUAUGCCGGCAAUGUGAUCCGCUCCAUCCUGACUGACAAGCGCGAGAAGUACUAUGAUGGCAAGGGCAUCGGCUGCUACAUGUUCCGCAUCGAUGACUCAGAGGUGGUGGACGCCACCAUGCACGGCAACGCCGCCCGCUUCAUCAACCACUCGUGCGAGCCCAACUGCUACUCCCGGGUCAUCAACAUCGACGGGCAGAAGCACAUCGUCAUCUUUGCCGUGCGCAAGAUCUACCGUGGCGAGGAGCUCACCUACGACUACAAGUUCCCCAUCGAGGAUGCUGGCAACAAGCUGCCCUGCAACUGUGGCGCCAGGAAAUGCCGCCGCUUCCUCAAUUGAGUAG